UUCGUAGAAUAAAUAAUCGUGUGGGUACUGGGUGCUCAUGUUUGAUCUUUUCACGUCUCUUUGCCAACAUUCACCAAACAGCAUUUCUAAUUUGAAGUUUACGCGUAUGAUUUAUUAUCUUCUGUUUGUUAAAGAGCUUUAAGAUAUGACGGAUGUACAGCUACAAAGAGACAAAUAUGGGAGCUUGCCGUACCUCAGCCAAUGGUCCAGAUAUGAAACUGCUCAGCCAACAAGAAACUUUGGCAACACUGACCAUUGGUCAAAAAUGAAACACAAGUCAAUAGAUUUUGAAGUACAUGAAAACAAUGGAGUAUCACAUAACUUCCCCGGAGAGAGGCUGCCACAUGAAAGAAAAGGAAAAAGAGACCUGCUCACAUAUCGCCAUGAUAUUGAUGGAUCUAUGCGCAAUAUAGGAGUCAAAUCGUUUUCGGAAUGGAUCAUUCAUGAAUUGAAAGGAAAUGUCCCUGGUGACUAUAACAAGACCCGUUCUGCUCCUCCAAAGAUUCACCGAACGUCUGCAAAUGACAGAGCCAAAGAUGGAUUUAGAUACUGGUAUAUCGAAAAGAAACCAUCAACAUUCCGUACAUUUACCCUGCAAUUGAUCAAUACGUCAUUUUGCAUUCAAUAUGACACUAUGGAGCAUGGACCAUUAUUGCAAUGGUAUGAAGUAAGGUGUGUCGAUCAGGAAUGCACGAAUAAUGCAUCUAUGUUUUCAUAACAAGUACAGAUACUUUAAAUUUCAAAUGAUAUUGGUAAACAAUUAUUUGUUCAAAGGAUUUGCAGUGUUCCCAAAGAGGAAAUUGUUUUUAUCUUGAUGUCUUACACCUUAAGAAAAAACAGCAGUUGAAGACCCAACUUUUUAUCUGCUUAUUAAGAUUUAAGAAGGGAUCUCGUGGAGCGAAUCUUGGGAUUUUCUUCGUCGUUUAUCUACUUCUCUUUUGCCAGACAAUAGAAACAAUUCUCUUUUCUGUAUUCAAUUCUCCAUCUGUUUUACAACCAGUCAUUAAGAAAGAGGAAAAACACUUUUAAGCUUAGAAUAGUUAUAGUCACUUUCAUACUUUACCAGCAAAAAUGCAU